CACCAGCCAGUAUGUUCGUUUCCGUCUCAGAAUAGUGUUGACAUGCACCCGUCCUGCGACUCGUACACCGCUGCAGUACCCCAUCACUAAAAUUAUAGUAUGUGAUUUGUCCAGCGAAAAGCCGCGCUACUGUGUCGAAAAUGAGUCUCGAUCACGGCCAAGAACAUGGCCAUCAUCGUCGGAGCUUUAUAUUUACGUGGAUAUCCUUUGUACUGGCCGUCGUUUCCAUGCCGGUAUUAUGCAUGUGUUACCUAACUACAUCCAUUGGCAGAUUUGUACUAUUACGAUUUCUAAAAAAGACGUAUCCAGACUUGGAGUUCAUAAAGUCAGUGUCCAUUCGAUCUGCAAUGGAUACACCUAAAAAUACAGGAUACGUUGUGGUAUUACUUAAAGUUAUCGGAGAUUUUGACAUUAAUCUGAUGAAACACACGAUUCAGGUACAUAUUUAA